GUCAGUUUAGGUCCUCUACUUUCCUAAAACUGCUUUCGGCCUAUCAAAAAAGUCGAAGUAUCUGGAUCAAUGAGGACGAUUUGGAAACGGAAGCGUUGAACCUUUUGUCCCUUGCUAUGCAGAUAGCGAUAUCAAGCGGCAAUAAAAUGUGUCAAAAUGUAUAUGCUGCAUGAACGAAAGUCGGCAACGGACAGAGUAACAUGAUGCAUCGAUGAAGUUUGUUGCGAGAAACUGUAUGACUGUGGCAACUUGGAUUCGUGCGCUACUUUUGUUUCACGCUCAAACACCAGCCCCAGCGUGUGGACCAGUAAUUAGUCGUGGGCACCUUGAUAACAGCACAGCGACCAGCACCACUUUCGAAAAUGAGAAUUACAGUACGCGUGAUGCAGCUGGAAACGAAAUGGUUGAUGCUAUUGGUCGUAGUAUUGGAACGAAGUUGUACGUUGAUAUGGGGAAUGACGUUGUUAUAGACUGCGCCUACACGGGCAGCUCCAUUGGCUCCUGUCACAACUUUCCGGCCACAAGCCUGGUGUGGCGUUAUCGGGACAGUAUCAUCGAUCAGGACACUGUUUCCGAGUCAGGACAGAUCUCGGUGAAGAACGGUUUUAUCCGUAGCUAUCUGACCAUUCGAAAUGUUACUAAUACAGCGUGGGAAAGAGUUGAGUGUCUGCGUUAUUGCGGUAUCGAAAAAUACUGCGAAGUCCGGAGGUUUUAUGUCAAAGGAACACUUCCUCGCAAAUCGACAUGGGAACUACAUUACACGCGGUACAGUGCGAAAAGAAGUGUCUUUCCCUCCCGGACCAGUGCAACACGUCCCACUAGGGAAGGAUAUUGUCAUGGAAUGCAGCUACAGAGCGAGCACGGCGUAUGUCACGACUUCCCACCAACGAGCCUGGGUAAUGCGCCCAUGGGGACCAUCGAAUAUUGCCACGAUCAAGGAAUUAUGGAAGCGAUUGUGAUGCCAUUCGCGAGAGGUCCGGUCACGCUAAUUUCGCCGACAGCGCCUGUCAGUGGAUACAGACAGCGUGGAACAGAUAUGUAGUAUAGAUAAAGCGGAUACCCCGGAUACAGAGGGUGACAGCCAAAGUGGUCGCGGACAUUUCGUCGUGGGACAUUGCGCCACACGUUUUUGGUCGCAGCGGCUAAUUUUUUUGGGCAACUCGUUUUGCAGCCGCUUUGUUGUGUGACAUUUGGUCGCGCAACAUUUGGGGAGUCGGAAAAUAACCGACUGGCUUAUGGCAACAAACAGCCACAUGACUGUUUGCUAAAAAAGCGAGUUAUCCUUAGGCGAAAUGUCCGUAAAACCAAAUGUGCCGCGACGACCCUGUCGCGUAGCCAUACUGAGAUGGUAUGUACAGAGAAUAUGUAUCAUAAAACAACAGGUGCGUCUUGUUUUACUGAGCAUUUGCUUUGGCGCAACGUUUAAGAAUCAGUUUCUGAUGAUUCUAGGGAAAUUUUAAAAAAUCGG